AUGUAUCGAUUCGCACCUGAACGUUGCAACGGUAACUCUAAGGUUCAAAUGCAAUUGGAAAUGAUCUUGUGUGCCAGCACAAACUGGCUUGUUCUUCUCGCUGAAGACUACUAUAACCGACAAGUUUACGGAUGGAGCAGUGAACACAGAGUAACACCACCACAACUGUCUUCUAUGACCGCAGCAUGGCCCAAUGCAAAAGGCGAGGGGGCUGGUGUACCUAUGGACCGAAUUCUUGGGCAUUCCUAUAUGUGGGCAAAGGGCCAUCAUGCGCACUCGCACAGAGUCAGUUCAUUUUAUCCCCAUGAACACUAUGCGAUGCAUGCUUGA